UAGCACAUGCUCCUGGAGAUUAAGCAGUGCCUCUUUAACGCCUUCGACUAAUUUUACUGAUUGGAGGAAACCCAAAGCUUGCUUAAAAGGCUCUGUCCAUUUUGCAGCACUCGGUCAGCGGAAUGGGACUGGGAUUGGAUUUGUAUUGUCGUUUGAUCUGCGUGAUGAAGUGUUUCGCGAGAUGAUCUUUCAACAUAAUAUGACCCGCUCGCACACCGAUAUUGUUACUUGUGUAUUUAGCGGAUCACUAGCUUUGUUAUGUUAUGAUGAGAAAAGGUUUUCUUGUUCCAUAUGGGUGAUGAAAGAGUAUGGUGUGGUUGAUUCUUGGGUGAAACAGUUCACUAUUGAUAUAGUCGGAGGAAUUGAGAAAAAUGUGCAAGGUUUCAGGAAGAAUGGUCAUAUAAUAUUGGAGAUUAGGAAAGAAGUUUAUUAUUGGGAGCUCUUCUCGUACGACCCUGAAAGCCAACAAGCUACAAAAUUGGAAAUGCAGAAGAAUAUGCACACAUUUUGUGUUGACACAUACAGGGAGAACCUUGUCUUACUCAACCAAGCGAAUUUAGUUUCCAGACGUAGGGUGACCAAGAAGAGGAAAAAUAGCUGUGAGUUGAAGGAGAUGAAACGGAAAAGCGAGGAGGCUAAAAGAGAGAUUUUCAGGCAAAAACAGUUGAAGGAAAAAAAUAUACCGCCAGUUGGAGGAUAUAAAACGGAAACAAAAGAGGCAGGAACAGUUGAGGGAAGAAGUGACAUCCAUAGCAAGACAAUUUCACUCUCAAAUGGAAAUGGAUUCCCCACAAAGACAACUGAUAGAAAAAUUGGAAUUUGAAUUAAGAGAGCUUCAUGCAGAAGUAGAAGCAGAGUUACAAGAGCUUGAGGAAAAAAUAGAAGCAAUAAUAAAAGAGUUACAAAAGCAUAUCUAUCGUCU